AUGGACAAGGAUAUUCAUAAGGGAUUAUCCGACCGGCUGUACGACAAGCGAAAGGCUGCAGCCCUGGAGCUGGAGCGCGUCAUUCGAAAGAGUCUGGCCGAUGAAGACCGAGACCGAAUUCGAGCAAUUCUCGAUACCCUUUGUCGAGAGUUUGCCUACGCGGUCCACCACCCCAACGCCCGAAACGGAGGUCUGAUUGGUCUCGCAGCUGCUACGAUUGCUCUGGGCCAGGUCGAAGUGGCUACCUACCUCGAUGACAUUAUUCAUCCUGUUCUGGCUUGUUUUGGAGAUCAGGACGCAAGAGUGCGCUACUUUGCCUGUGAAUCCAUGUACAACAUUGCCAAGGUGGCCAAGGGCGAGAUUCUCAUCUACUUCAACGAAAUCUUCGACGUGCUGUGUAGACUAAGUGCCGACUCGGACCAGAGCGUGCGGUCUGGAGCAGAGUUGCUCGACCGGCUCGUCAAGGACAUUGUGUCUGAAAAGGCAGCCACUUACGUGUCUCUGAUCAACCCCAACCGUUCCAGAGUACCUGAUCUGGCCCCCAACCCGGACCCCACAAAACCCACGAUUGCUGCAGAUACCCUACCUGCAUCGCCUCUGGUGACUGAGGGUGACAAGGUACCCGCCUUCUCACUCGCCAAGUUCAUUCCGCUGCUUCAGGAGCGAAUCUACGUCAUUGAUCCGUCUACUAGAAUGUUUCUGGUGCUUUGGAUUGGUGUACUAGACUCCAUUCCAGACCUUGAACUGGUCACUUACCUGCCAAACUUCCUGGCUGGCUUUAUGCUUUUCCUCUCAGAUCCUUCCAAGGAGGUACGAAAUGCCUCCAAGAACGUCUUGGAUGGGUUUCUGCAGGAAAUCAAACGUAUCCACGACAUCAAAGAGACCCUGGCCGCCCAGAGGGCUAUCCGAAAGAGCGACGAUAAGUCAGACAACUCUCCCCUUGAGGAAGACAUGUACAUCCCCGGACAAGACACUGUCAUUGACUAUCCCCGAAUCGUUGAGACGUUGCUGACCCACCUCACAUCCGAUCCCGACAUCCAGAUCGCCGUGCUUAUCUGGAUCGAAUCGUUACUGGAUAUUUCGCCAAUGUCUCUUCUUCAGUAUGCACCCAAACUGCUGUCUGUUCUCUUGCCCACUAUGGCCAAUGAUGACGUCGAUCUCAAGAGUGAAGCGGAGCGAGUCAACGCAAAACUGCAGAAGCUGAUUCUGUCUCUCGAUGACGACGCGAACAUUGAUUACUCGGCAAUGGUCAACGCUCUGACUCUCCAUUUCCUUAAUGAACAAGAACAGACCCGUGAAGCUGCUCUUGAAUGGCUUAUUAUGCUGCACAGAAAGGCCCCCACAAAGACUCUCAAUGAUGGUACUUUCCCCGCCCUGCUCAAGACUCUCUCUGACCCAAGUGAGCUUGUCAUCACCAAAGAUUUGCAGCUGUUAGCCCAGAUUUCCCAUUCUUCGGACGACAGUUAUUUUUCUUUUUUCAUGACCAACCUGGUUCAGCUGUUUUCCACCGACAGACGGCUGCUAGAAACCCGAGGCAAUCUCAUCAUCCGCCAGCUGUGUGUUUCUCUCAACCCUGAGCGCAUCUACCGUGCUCUGGCUGAAAUUCUAGAGAAGGAUGAAGAUAAGGAAUUUGCCUGUAUCAUGGUUCAGAAUCUCGGAAGCAACCUCAUCAUAGCUCCUGAAAUGGCAGAGCUGCGACAACGACUGCGAAAAGCAGCAGCCUCCGACACGCUCUUCAUCACUCUGUUCAAGUGCUGGUGUCAUGACGCAGUGUCUGCAUUCUCUCUGUGUCUUCUCGCACAGGCUUAUGAGCAAGCGUACACACUUCUCCAGCUGCUGGCUGAGUUCGACAUUACGGUCAAUCUCCUUGUUCAGAUCGACAAGCUGAUUCUGUUGCUGGAGUCGCCCGUAUUCACUCAUCUGCGUCUACAGCUUCUGGAGCCGGAUAGAUACCCUUAUCUCUACAAGUGUCUGUAUGGUCUGCUUAUGAUUCUUCCUCAGAGCACGGCCUUUAACACUCUACAUAACCGGCUCAACAGUGUUUCCUCGCUGCAGGCAUCGUCCCGGCCUUCUCAGACCAUGCAAUCGUCUUCUAGAAACGACAUCAAGUGGAAUGAAUUGAUGGACACCUUCAAACAAGUGCAGUUGGCCCACCAGAAGCUCAGACGAGAGUCCAUGUCUGAGAAGUUUGUGGAGACGACUUCUUCGCCUGUUAUUGUGUGUGAUCACUUUGAGGGCCCUGCAGAGACUUCCUCGCCAGUAGAGAACAAGAAGAAGGGGGGCGACAAGAAGUUUGGUAAGCUGUUGAGAAGCGUUGACAGAAAGAGAAAUUGA